AUGUCGACACCAGGUUCCGAGGCGAGCCCGCGCCCAAAGGGCUCGCCGGCGUACAGGAAAGAUAACACCCUCGAACUGAAACCCCAGGUGCAGCGCGUGUCGCAGAGCGACCUCGCCGCCGAGGCCGAGGCCAAGCGGAGAAAAGUCCUGAGGGCUUGUGACGUUUGCAGAAGAAAGAAGAUCCGAUGUGAGGGACCGAUGAACUCGCAGUCGAACGCCAAGUGCGCCAACUGCCAGGAGUACAACCUCGACUGCACUUAUGUCGAGGCGGCCAAGCGCCGCGGCCCGCCAAAGGGCUACAUCGACACGCUCGAGCAGAGGUGCGCCCGCCUCGAGCGUCUCGUGAACCAGCUCAACCCCGCGAUCGACAUCAGCGAGACGAUCGGUCCGAUGCCGGACCGCGACGAGUUUGAGCUGUCGGCGUACCAGGAGACAUUGCGAUCACUCGGCGUUCCGCCAUUCCCCGCGAUGAAGAAUAUUGCGGAGCUAGCGGCGACCCCGCCCAACGGCGUCGGAGGAGGACACAGCUCUCCGCGCGUCCUCGGCCCCGCGCCGUGGAAGACGUACGAGCGCGACCCGCACCGCCCGCCAGAGGACGAGGACGAGGCGCGCGAGCAGGCGCGCAUCGCCCACGCCAUGGUCAAGCUCAACAUUCGCGACCACGACGCGUUCCGCUUCCACGGCAAGGCGUCUGGCGCACAUCUCGUCAGGAUCGUCAAUGAGCUGAAGUACAACGAGGCGGACGCCACAUUCUUCGACCGCCUGACCGCUGUCAAGCGGCCAGAGUACUGGAUGGUGCCCGAGUGGGAAAAGGUGAUUGCGACCGAGUCGGUCAAGCCCGUCGACUACUCGGUGUGGCCGGACGAGGACCUGGCUGGACGCCUUAUCGACGGCUACUUUGACCACACGAACACGCACAUGCCGUUACUGAACCGCGUCAUCUUCCAGCGGCAGUACCAGUCUGGUCUGUGGCGUACGAACGCCGAGUUUGCCAAGAUGUGUCUUCUCGUGUUUGCAAACGGUGCGCGCUAUGUCGACGACGAGCGCGUGUACUGGCCCACCGAGGUUGCGACGACGCCCGAGGGACAAGACCGCCUCCGCAACGACCGCGACGGUACGCUCAAGUACUCGGCGGGCUGGAACUACCUCCGCGCCGUCAUCAAGAUGGGCCGAUCGUGGCUGCAGGGCCCCUCGCUGCUUGACCUGCAGACGACAGUGCUCGUGUGCCUGUUCAUGAACGGUAGCGCCGUUCCGCACCUCGCGUGGCUCGUCGCCGGCAGCGGUCUGCGCAUGGCGCAGGAGAUUGGUAUCCACGUCCGCUCCACCAUGCUCCUAACCAACCCCAUCGACAGGGCGCUGUACAACCGCGCCUUUUGGUGUCUGUAUCACUUUGACCGUCUCAGCUGUUCGGCUAUCGGCCGCUCCGUCGCGAUCCAGGACUCCGACUUUGACGCCGACUACCCCAUCCCCGUCGACGAUGAGUACUGGGACACGGGCGACCCGGAGAAGGACUUCCGCCAGCCGCCGGGCCUCACCCCCGACCCCGCCGUUACGGCAUUCACGCACCUGCUCAAGUUGGACCAUGUACUCGGCGCUGCGCUGCGCACGAUCUACGCCGUGAACAAACUGCCCGAGCACGGGCCGGACCAGCGCGCCAUCGUCGUCGAGCUCGACAGCGCGCUGAAUGCGUGGGCCGACUCGGUUCCGGACAACCUGAGGUGGGACCCGACACGAUCGGACCCGCGGCUGUUUGAGCACUCUGCAGUUCUCUACGCGCACUACUACUACGUGCAGAUCCUCAUCCACCGGCCGUUCAUUCCGACCCGCAAGCACCCGGAAAGCGUCGGCUUCCCGUCCCUUGCGAUCUGCUCAAACGCGGCGCGCUCCAUCAGCAACGUGCUGGACGCGGUGCUGCGACGCGGUCGCCAGCUCGGCCGUCUGCCAGGACAUGCGAUGUCGAUCUCGUUUGCGCUGCCGGCGGGCACGGCCGCGAUCGUGCUGCUGAUGAACGUGUAUGCGGUGAGGCAGCGGGAGCAGGAACGCCAGCGAUGCCUGAACGACGUGAAGCGUGUCAUUGCGGCCAUGAAGGAGAUGGAGCUCACGUAUCGCCAAGCGGGCAAGAUGACGGAUCUCAUUACGGAGAUUGCGCGCGAGUCGACUGGCGACAUGCCCGAGGCCCUUGGUGGGCUUCCGCCGAAGAGAGGGUACGAGGACGUCGAGCCGCCGGUCAGCACGACACCGGGCGCGCCGGACGUUGCGCCGUGGCCCGCCGCCGUGCUCGAGGCCAAGCUGCAAAGCGAGAUUGGCCGCAGCGGGUCCAACUUUGCCUCCCCAUCGUCCAACUAUGACCCUGCAAACGCUCCUCCAGGCCCGCCGACACCACCCUUCAUCUGGUCCUUCAACAACAGCAACCAGGGCACCGUACCGUACGGCAGCACGGCCUCGGCGUCCGGCUCGCCGGCGCAGACCUCUGCCCCGCCGCAACCCGCCUCGGCGGCGCCGCAGACCGCGCCCCUCCCGCAAACAGCCCAGAACGUUGCCUCCUUGAUGAACCCGAACCUGGGCGCGCCGCCGACAAACGCAGCAGGCGAGACGAUCUUCCCCGAAUUCUUCGACGCCGACAACCUGCAUAGUAUGGGCUUUGCCGUGGCGAAUUUCGACAUGAUAGCGGGCAAUCCGGGGGACCAGGCGCCCGCGCCUGAUUUCUGGACCUCCCUGCUGCGUGGAGCGGGUCCGCAGGGACUGGGCACGUUUGGAGGUAUUGGGAGCAAUAGCCUUUAUGCCGGGUUGCCGAGUGAGAGGGAACGACAGCAGCCGUGGAACUUUAUGCCGUGGCUUGGACAUCAGGGGGAGGUCAACAUGCAGGCUCAGGCGCAGGCUAAUGGGCAAGCAGGACAGGGGAUGGGCGGACAGCAGCAGAUGUAA